AUGGAGGCUUUACUAGCUCAUUCAUUUGAUUACCUCUCCUCAUAUGAGCCUAGCAAAGUCCGCAAAGGAUUGCGCCAGGUUGAAGGACUAUUGGCUUCAAUAUGUCUUUCAAAAUCUAAACCCGUCGCCGACAAACGGAGGUCACGCAUGUCCCCCGAUAUCCCACAACCAGUGCCAAAAGCACUAUCAGAACUACGAGAUGAUCCCGCCUUCCGAGAAUUCUCCAAGCUACAGGAAAGCUUCCAAUGGAAUGUUGCAAUGCGCCUAGUAUCUUGUCUCGAACAUCUCCUCGGCCGCGGCAGCAACGGCACAAACGACAUGCUGAUAGUCUGUGCCCUCGACCUAAUCCAAGGCUCUCUCCUCCUCCACCCAGGCUCGCGCUCUCUCUUCGCCCGCGAAAUCUACAUGAACCUCCUCCUCGAUCUCCUCGAUCCAAUAAACUGCCCAGCCGUGCAGUCAGCAACCCUUCUCACUCUCGUCACUGCUCUACUGGACUGCCCAGCAAACACCCGCACAUUCGAAGACCUCGACGGCCUGCUCACAGUGACAUCACUUUUCAAGCAACGCGGUACAUCCCGCGAAGUCAAGCUCAAGCUCGUCGAGUUUUUAUACUUCUACCUGAUGCCCGAAACUUCAACGCCAGCACCUACCUCUCCACCGCCGGGUCUGCAGCGCAGCCCUAGCAAGCUAUCCAAUGCCGCUCUCUCGCGCAGUGCGCAUGCCGCGGCAACCGCCGCAAGCAUGAUGAGUCGUGAUACCCGCACAACGGACGAGAAGCAGGCUCUUCUGGGGAGAUAUCUGAAUAACGUCGAGGAUCUCGUCGAGGACCUGAAGGAGACCGCUCCUUUUGGUGCAACUGUUUACUAA